AUGAGGCUGAUUUUCCAUUUUUACAGAACAUUUUUGCAACUUCUCCUGACGUAUAAUGUCCCUGUCUCUUGUUGCAAUGAUGACCCGCUUCAUAUGGACCUGAAUGGGGUUCUGGUACCUGGAGAUAUUCUACUAGGCGCGGUGAUUCCAAUUCACAUUGACCGCAAUUCUUCUCUAGCUACCUAUCAGGAAAGGCCAUCUCAGGAUAUCUGUAUAAUAACCGUUCCAAGUGAUGCCUUUCAGUUCCGGGGGCUGGCCAAGCUGGCGUUGCGUUUCAACUGGACGUGGGUGGGGCUGAUAGCUAUUAAUGAUGAUUAUGGAGAGGAAAGUCUAGAAGGCAUCCAAAAUGGCUACAAUGACGUGUCCAGAUUAAGAGCUUCCUACAAUAUCUAUACCGCGGUGUAUGUGAUAGCAACGGCUCUGCAUGGACUCCGUCAAUGCCGGUUCUUGGGUGGACCAUUAUUUGGAGAUGAAUGUUCAAAAAUAGAAAAUUUCAAACCGUAUCAGCUGUUGUAUUUUUUAAAGAAUGUCCUUGUAAAACUAAGCAACAACAUGGAGGUUUUCUUUGAUAAAGAUGGAAACCCACCAGCUGUAUAUGAUAUAGUCAACUGGCACCCAGAGUUACAGGAUACCAUAAAGCAGGUGAAGAUACCACUUUCUGUGUGCAGUCAGAGUUGCCCACUGGGAUUUAAGAAGUCGAUAAAGAGAGAAGAACCUGUGUGCUGCUUUCUAUGUGUUCCCUGCGCCCAAGGAGACAUCUCCAAUCAGACCGAUGCCAUUGAGUGCUGGAGUUGCCCCUGGGACAUGUGGCCCAACAGUGCAAGAGACAGAUGCUUUCCAAAACUCAUUGAGUUCCUUUCCUAUGAGGAUCCCCUGGGCAUCACCCUGGCAUCUACCAGUGUUCUCUCCUCUAUGGUCCCAAUUUCCAUCUUUUAUCUUUUUAUUCAGUAUAAAUCCACCCCAAUUGUGAGAGCCAAUAACUAUUCAGUGAGUUGUAUUCUCUUAGUAUCUCUGUCUUUCUGCUUCCUCUGUGCUUUGGCUUUCAUUGGUUACCCCCAACCUGAGAAGUGCCUUCUGCGCCAGGUGGAAUUUGGCCUUGUCUUUACCCUCUGUGUAUCCUGCAUUUUGGCCAAAACUGUUAUUGUUGUUUUUGCCUUCAUGGCCACUAAACCCGGGAGCAGCCUCAAAAAAUGGACAACUCCCCGUGUGCCCUACAUGAUCAUUACCAUCUGCACCUUCAUACAACUCACUUUGUGUGUGUUUUGGUUGACCAUCUUCCCUCCUUUCCUCCAGUUCAAUAUUGAAGCCAAACCCGGAAUCAUUGUUGUAGAAUGCAAUGAAAACUCUCAGUUUGCCUUCUGGUGCAUGCUGGGAUAUCUUGGAAUUUUAGCCUCUGUCAGUUUCACUGUAGCUUUCCUGGCCAGGAGGCUCCCAGACAACUUCAACGAGGCCAAACUAAUAACAUUCAGCAUGUUGGCUUUCCUCAGUGUGUGGGUGUACUUUAUCCCAGCCUCUCUCAGUGCCCAGGGCAAGUAUACUGUUGCCAUGGAGAUCUUUGCCAUUCUGACUUCCAGUUGGGCCCUUGUGUUCUGCAUGUUCCUCCCCAAAUGUUUCAUCAUAUUGUUCAGACCCGACAUGAACUUGAGAGAAAAUCUGAUGGUAAAGACAGGAGUAUGA